AUGACGCUGCUGGCAGGUGAUGGCUCGGACUACGACUACAGCGCUCUGAGCUGUGCCUCUGAUGCCUCCCUCCUCCUCCCUCAACCCCCGCCCCUGUCAGAGCAGGAGGCCCUCAAGGGGGCCUACUACAAACGGGCCCAAUUACUUCCCGAGGACUCAGACCACCUCCUCACCAAUGCUACCUCGCUCUUCACUACCCAUAAACUCCACGUCAUCAUCAACGUGGGUGGGCUGCGUUAUCAACUACCCUGGACCACCUUGGAGGACUUCCCCCUGUCCCGACUGGGCCAGCUGCGCCUCUGCAGCAGCUUCGACGAGAUCAUGUGCGUCUGCGAUGAUUACGACAUCGCUCGAAAUGAGUUCUUCUUCGACCGCUCGCCCUGUGCCUUCCGCACCAUCCUGACCUUCCUGCGGGCUGGGAAGCUGCGGUCCCUCAGGGAGAUGUGUGCCCUCUCCUUCAGGGAGGAGCUGCACUACUGGGGGGUCCCUGAAGAGAACCUGGAGUGGUGCUGCCGUCGCCGCCUCAUCCAGAGGGUGGAUGAGUGUGACGAGUUGGAGCGGGCUGCCCAGGAGGACGAGGAGGAGGAGCUGAUGAUGGACACGGACAGCGGGCACCGUAGGGGUUCCACCGCCCUGGCUACGGAGACCCGGAUGGGACAUUGUAUGAACAAGCUGAGGGACAUGGUGGAGAGGCCCCACUCGGGCUUGCCAGGAAAGAUCUUUGCCUGUCUGUCGGUCUUGUUUGUCACCAUCACGGCUGUCAACCUGUCCAUCAGUACCAUGCCGGCCAUGAGAGAGGAGGAGGAGCAAGGCAAGUGCUCCCAGAUGUGCUACAACAUCUUCAUAGUGGAGACGGUGUGUGUGGGCUGGUUCUCCCUAGAGUUCACCCUGCGCUUCAUCCAGGACCGAGACAAACUAGCCUUCCUGAGACGCCCUCUGAACCUCAUAGACGUGGUGGCAAUCCUGCCCUACUACAUCACCCUGGUAGUGGACAGCUACCAGGGGGAGAAGAAGGUGGGCUCGGGAAGUAGUUACCUGGACAAGGUGGGUCUUGUGCUCCGGAUCCUCCGCGCACUGAGGAUCCUAUAUGUGAUGCGGCUGGCCCGCCACUCCUUGGGCCUGCAGACUCUGGGGCUGACGGCGCGGCGCUGUACACGGGAGUUUGGGUUGCUCCUCCUCUUCCUCUGUGUGGCCAUUGCUCUCUUCUCCCCGCUGCUCUACCUCAUCGAGAACGAGAUGGCCGCCACCCACGAGUUCAGCAGUAUCCCCGCCACCUACUGGUGGGCUGUCAUUACCAUGACAACAGUGGGCUACGGGGACAUGGUUCCGAGGAGCAUUCCGGGUCAGGUGGUGGCGCUAAGCAGUAUCCUGAGCGGGAUUCUUCUCAUGGCAUUCCCAGUCACCUCCAUCUUCCAUACGUUCUCCCGGUCCUACGUGGAACUGAAGCAGGAGCAGCAGAGGCUACUGCAAAGACGGACACACUUCCUGUUACGCAGGAGGAUGGGUGGGCUGGGAAGUAACAUGUCGCUGGAGAGUGACUACCCCAGCUGUGGCUCCUCUGAGACCAGGGGCCAGGAUGACUGA